AUGUUAGGGAUCUUCACGACCACCUCUGUGCGUCUACCGUGGAUCUAUGCAUUUGGGGUUGCAGGAUUCCUAUGGCUAUCUCUCAAGGUGUACCGGCUCUUCCGACCCAUCCCAUCCCUUCCUCCAGGCCCACGACGCCUGCCCCUGAUCGGCAAUCUGCUAGACGUGCCUAUCAGGGAUCGACAUAUAGCGUACUUCAAAUGGUCUGAACAGUACGGACCCGUGAUCAGCCUGUCCGUCUUGGACAAAGUCAUCAUCACCAUCAACACGAGAAAAGCGUGGCAAGAUAUCCUCGAAAAGCGGGCUGGCGUCACAGCGCAACGACCGCAUUUCAUAAUGGGGCACGAAAUAGCGGGCCUGGAUAAGUUCCCGGGCAUCACAAACGAUAUGGAACUUCAUCGACAAUAUCGCCGAUUAUUUGCCCAAGCUUUCAGCUCCCGCGCGGUGCAGACGUAUUACUGGGGCAUCCAAACGCAAGAAAUGCGCCGCGCAUGUUUGGAGAUGCUUGACGGUACUCAGAAGAACCCGAUAACGGCGGUGAAGCGUGCGUUGGCUUCUAUCAUAUCUCGGAUUGUCUAUUCCAAAAAAAUAGAAACGUUUGAUGAUCCUUACAUAGUAAGGGUCACUAAUCAACUCCGUAACUUUGAGCGACUCUCGCGACCAGGAAGGUACCUGGUGGAGCUUCUUCCAUUUUUAAGGCACCUGCCGGUGUGGUUUCCCGGCGCCGGCUUCAAACGGGAAGGACUUCGGAUAAAAGAAGACGUCCUCGAUCUCGUCGAAGAGCCAUUCAACGCUGUUAAGCGAGAGAUGAUUAUGGGCACCGCUUCUCCGUCAUUCGUCUCCAAACUGCUGGAGGACGAGAACGGGAAGCGGGCAGAUGAUCCGAGAGAGGAAGAACUCGUCAAAUGGGCUGCAGGUCAGCUGUAUCAAGCAGGGAUGGACACAACAAAAGGGAUCAUAAUCUCAUUCCUGAUCGCGAUGCUCAAAAAUCCUCACGUCCAAGCACGAGCGCAGGAGGAACUCGACCGUGUAGUUGGAAGAGACAGGCUGCCAACACUUAGCGGCCGAGAGGAUCUUCCGUAUUGUCAGGCACUUGUACAGGAAUGCAUGCGGUGGAAUCCGGUUGCUCCGACUGGUGUACCACAUAGGAUGAUGCAGGACGAGAUCUAUGAAAACUACUUACUUCCGAAAGGGGCGUUGGUUUUCGGGAACAUCUGGGCGCUAACUCGAGAUCCACUCAUGUAUCCCAACCCUGAAACCUUCAUGCCAGAACGACACCUCGCCGCCGAUGGGAAGACGUCACUCGGUGCCGAGAGAGGGCGAGAAGUCUUCGGCGCCGGAAGACGAGUCUGCCCAGGGAUCCAUCUCGCAGAAGCGUCGAUAUUCAUACUUGUGGCAACCCUCCUCUGGUCGGCAGAUCUUCGCUUGCCGAAAGACAGGCUGGAAACGGAGCUGAAAGUAGCGACUUCCACUAUUAUGCAGCCGGACGAGAUCCCCUGUGAAGUAGUUCCUCGGAGCGGGAACGUGGUCGAGUUGUUGCGCAGUGCCCGGCAAGAAUGA